AUGUCAUACCCAAAUGACAAUGUCGAAGUGAAAAAUAAUGAUACGUGGCGCUCUGACAAUUGUCCAGCAGAUGCUGUAACACUAGGACGAGCCGCAUGGGUCAUGCUGCAUACUACCGCAGCAUAUUAUCCUGACAGACCAGCUCCAUCACAGAUGGACUCAAUGAGGGCCUUUAUGAAGUCAUUCUUCGAAAACUAUCCUUGUUUGGGGGAAGACUUGAAGAGAGAGAUGGAAGAAGAACCUAUUCGUGUUGGUAGUCGAAGAAAAUUGAGUGAUUGGCUGUGCAGACAGCACAAUAAGGUUAAUGCGAAACUUGGCAAACCGAUGUUUGAUUGCUCAAAGGUGUUUGAUCGGUGGUUGCAGGGAUAUUCACAAAUUUGUGAUGAAUGA